AACAAAACAACGCGGCGGCACCACACUAAAAAUCCACCACUCCCGAGCAGCAGCAGCACGCUGCUACAAAAGGCACGAGCACAAGCAAGGCAAACCCUCUAGCGAGAGCUUGCUAGCCACACCAGUGACAAAGAGUAUACUCGCCCGAUCCCGCCGCGCGCCGCAGCUAGAGCCUAGAGCUAGGAGGUCGAUCUGAUCGCAUCGGCCGGGGUCUGCCGCCCUGCCCAUGGCCGGCGCCGCCGGUGACAGGUCGGAGGAGGACGUCGGCGCCGACUGGCCGUUCGGUGGCGUCGACGCCUUCACGGAGUACUCAUCCUUUUUCGCGGAGCCCGGCUGGCCGGGCGGCCUAGCCGGGGAACUCAUCCCGGUGCUGGAUCUGCCCGAGGCAGCAGCACCGCUGCCCGCCCAACUGUCCACGGAGCCAUCGGAGGAGCCUGCGCCCGCCAGGUCGGGGGACGCCGGCGCGUCGUCGAGCUCGAGCGGGGACGGCGCCGCGCCGGGGAACGGCGACGGCGACGACGAUCGGAAGGCGGCGCCGGCCGCCGAGGCAGCGGGUAGGAAACCGGCGGCGAAGAAGGGGCAGAAGCGGGCGCGGCAGCCGCGGUUCGCGUUCAUGACCAAGACCGAGCUCGAUCACCUCGACGACGGCUAUAGAUGGAGGAAGUAUGGCCAGAAAGCUGUCAAGAACAGCCCUUUCCCAAGGAGUUACUACAGGUGCACCAACAGCAAAUGCACAGUGAAGAAGCGCGUGGAGAGGUCCUCCGACGACCCCUCCGUGGUCAUCACCACCUACGAGGGCCAGCACUGCCACAGCAUCGGUCCAUUCCAGCGCGGCGGCGGCGGAGGCGCAGCCGCGGCGCGGUACCACAGCGCGGCGGCCGUCGCGCUGGCGGAGCAAAUGUAUUCGUCGUCGACGACGUCGUCGUUCAUCCCAGCAGCGCGGCAGCAGCUCUUCAGCUUGCCGCCGUUGCACCCGCAGAGCUCCCCGCCGUCCUCGGAGACGACGCCGCCGCCGGUCGUUAGCUCGGUGACUACUACAUCUUUUCAGCGUGCUAACGACGGCGACGAGCUGUGGCGGACAGGCACAGGCUACGGCUCCGGGGUGUCCGUGGCGCAGUCGCCGUCAACGCCACCAUCAGUGCCUCCGCCGGUCGUUUCGGUUCAGAAGGCGGGGCUGCUGGACGACAUGGUGCCCCAUGGUGUAAGGCAUGGCACCCCAUGAUGGUGGCAAAAUAUGACAUAUAUAUACCUGUCGGCCGUACCAGCAAGAGGCGGAUAAAGUGAUCAACCAGCUAGCAGCUAGGGUUUUCUCCUGCUGGAUUCAUCAGUAGUAGUUAGAUUUAUCUAUUACUCUACCAGACACUGCAUGCAUAUAUAUACUCAGCUUAUCUGUUCAGAUUUGCUUAUAUUCAGUGUCACUCUCCAAC